AUGAAGGAUUGUGUCAGCUUAAGCGCUCUUGGAGGUGGCGAAUCCAACUCUCUUGUUUCCGUGGUCGAAGACGGAGUAGAAGCGUCCAAUGAAGACGUCUCCGAGAAUCCAGAGUGGUCCAGCUGGGGCUGGGAUAUCCAUUCCCAUGAAUCCAGAGAGGCAGGUCAUUCCUCCGUUUCCGUUGGACAUUUGGAGAAUGUAGUCCUUUCCUUGGAGGUCGAAGUUUUGUCCUCCGAGAGUGAAGGUGAUGUUUGGCAACUUUGGAAUCUUGCUGCACUCAACCUCGUACUCUCCGUUGAAGAGUGGGAUUCCUCCGAUCUUGUGUUGGAUCUUCUUGAUCACAUCAGUUGGUCCAGUGAGGAGGGAAGUUCCGGUAUCAACAAUAGAGUCGAUUGGUCCGUUAGUGUAAGUGGUUCCAUCAAUGCUGACGGCUCCGAGCUUGAUUCUCCAGUAAUCCAUAGAGACGAGUGGCUCCCAGGCGAUGUUUCCGGUGUAGUGGUUGGAGUCAGUGUCGCAAAGGGUGAUUUCUCCUCCGUUGGCGAUAUCAUUGGCGUCACGGCUAAGCCAGAAAGCGAAGAGUUGGUUGGGGCAGAUGGCGGAGUUGGCGAAGAUCUGGUCCAUUGGUUGGGAGAUCUUGUUAACAGAGAUAGUGUCCCAUCCCAUUCCGAAGAUUCCGUCGAACUUGGCAGCGACGAAGGUGAUUCCUGGCUCAGAGGUAGCGCAGGCCAAUCCUUGGGUCUUGUCGGUACAGAAUGUGGUGUCAUGGGAGAACUGAAAAAAAUAAUGAAAUUGAAAAGAAAAACUUAUGAGAAUAACAAGCAACUUACGCAAACAACAUCGUUGUCAACGGUUCCCUUCAUGGAUCCAGUUCCGUAUUGA